AUAUCUUCGUCCUCUAUCGCCGUCGCCGCGAUGGCCACCCAACCUCACACGAUGACCCAUCGCAAGCAUGGCGGGCGCGCCGGCCGAAGAAGCACCCGAUGGCCUAGUCAUCCCUUUGGAUGGUCCCGUUGAGGAUUGGGAAGUCUUUAUAGACUUCGAGCCUCGAUUUCCAACUCCUUCACCCCCAGCUGUGUCGCUUGGGAUCGAAUCUUCAAUUCGACAGCCUGGCUCGACUCCUCAAAACCAACAGGUGUUUGUCCAUCCCCAUGCCCCGGUGAUCUGCGCCCAGAAAUCUUGGAGACAGGAAGAGAUCCCACGCAACCUUAUUAGCAUUGGCAAUGGGCACCCUUCAGUAACAGCCCGGUCACAUACGGUUUCGGAAACUGUGGAUGAGGGCUCACAUCCCACUGCUUCAUCAAACCUUCCUGGCAACAGCGUGAAGUCAACAAAGAGGAGAUUCGACGAUUUCAUUUCGAGUUUCUCAAGUGGUGAAAAUCCAAGUCAGCAGCCGAGGAAGCGACAAGAGUAUCUAGCAGAGCGGCGGAAAGAGGUAGCUAAGGUGCGCAAAGUGCGAGCUUGCCAGAGAUGUAGGAUGAGAAAAUUAAACUGCCAAACGAGCGGAUCAUGCGACCGUUGCAUCAACUCGGUUGGUGGUAGCAUGAUAAUUGGGGAACGUAUCUGCGUACGGCAUAGUCUGGAAGAAUUGAGGUUUCGAGGAGCCGAUUUAUUACACGAGAGUCACGAUAGGCAGUCCAUUCAGGGUUUGUUUAAGCCAGACGAAUCCGUAUCUCGAACCGUAUACUUACGCUUCCGUUCCUAUGACACUGGCAUGCCUCUUCGACUUGAGGUCUACGACUACUCUCAAAACCCCUAUGAUGAUGACAAAGUGGUGAGCUAUACCCUGAGUGCGAAGUCUCCUAAUGAACCACGCAUCCCUCAAUUUUCAACGCUUGCGACUCCAAAAUACGCGAUCUUCGACCAAUCACUUCCGUCUCCGCAGGAUCUAGAAGAAUGGAUAAAACAGCAAGUGGACCCAAUAGAGCAUACGUGGAGUCCGUCAGCCAUGCUUUUUAGCUCCUUUCGUUCACUUCUUACUGCGUAUUUGAACACCGGGGUUGAGUUGCCUUCGCAAGGCCUCUUGAAAGCGGCUUUGAGCAUCAUGAACCUUUACGAGUGCUGGCGAAACGUCUUGCUUGUGCAGGGAGAGCAAUCUCACGAAGACAUGCACUAUAUCUCAAAAACUGCCGGCCUCCAGAUCGCCCUCAUUGCCAAGCAAGGCAUCGCAGAAUACGAGAUGGAGAUUCUGUCUGAGAUAGACGCUCUGAUUUGCAAACCCAAGAGACCUUCUAAGGAGAAUGAGUUUCCUAUCUGGGCAGGGUUUUGGUCCCUUUCCCUAUUGUACAGAGAUAUUCUCCGACGAUACCGGUACAUGUCACAUUCGGUUUAUUACCCAAAAGGCCAUUUCGAUACUGCGAUUGCUUUAGCUAGGCACAUGUACCACACCCUUACCUCGUCCUACAGCUUUCUGUUCCGCAACAGGCACCCAUUGGAUAUUGAUUGGCAGAAGGACGGCAACUUACCUCAUAUUGAUCGGGAGGUCGACAGGCAGCGUAUGUGGAAUCACCUCGACGGGGUCAAAGAGCGAACCCGUUUGUUCUUCGAGUCGUAUAAGCACGACGAAGAUGAUUGUAUUAUGAGGGCCUUGAUGAUGGAAGAGAAGUGCCUCGCUGUGUUGCCUCAGCACCCGGCAAAAGCCUCAGUUGCUCCGUUCCAAGAGAACUACUUGCAACCUCGCAAUGAUGUGUGCUAUGGAAGAGUAGUUCCAAUAAGUGGGUUCUGUCAAUGUUGGCAGUAAUUAACGGCAAUUUUGUUUGGUUAGUACAGGGGUCAAACCUUUCAGCUCUGAGUGCCGUCUUCCGUACGUCUGCUGAGAAUGUACUGAGAUACGGAACAUAUAAGAUGUGGGCAUACGAGUGAUGUCUCAACGGCGUAGUCGUCCUGUGGGAAAUUACGGUUGCUUAGUGAUAGGGCAUGUGUUGAAAUUGGUACGCUACCAUAGCUAGCUCACCAGUCCUUCCAGCACCAGGUUCAACCACUAAUUUAGGGUUCUCCACUCUCAUUUGUCAUGCGUCACUCGCUGAGCUUACCAAGCUUACUAGUAUAUCGUCAUUUUGAUUACUUUUGAUUUAUCAGCUGAUUAAUAAUGUAUCGGAGAAAGCGGGCUCAGCAUCACCGGUAUCGCCGAAGGGUAAUGGGAAUAAAUCCCUUACUUUAGACACUUUUCCUCUGUUUUUACACUUCACUCUCC